GCGUUCUAUUGGAGCUUAAAAAAGAAGUUGUAAUUUAUUUAAAACUGAUAUUUAAUGAAAAUUUUAGUAAUUUCUCUAAGAAAAAAUAUAAAAUAAUUGAAAUACAAUAAAAAUUGUGAUAAAGAAACGAAAAAAAGUUAUGAAUAAAGAUGAAAAUUGUAUGGAAUGGUUGAAAGAGACGCCAAACAACUAUACGAAAAAUACAGGAACAACAACUACGGCAAUGCAAACAGCUAAUACAAAAACAAUAUCAAUGGAUUGUGCUCAACAAGCAGAAGAAGAGUUUAGGAAUGUAACAACAACAGCAGCGCUUGUACAACAACCACCAAACAAGUUAUUUCAAAUACGAAAAAGGUUUCAGGAAAACCGCUAAAACCAGCUGUUAAAACUCAUAUAGCCAGAAUUUCCUAUGGAAGAAGUGACUCCCAAAGUUAUAAUAAAGAAAAGUCGUUGACAAAAGAUUCUAAAUCUGAAAGGGGUCAAAGUGAGAGUGGUUUAAGUUUAAAUGUCAUGGAAUCUUCGCGUUCUUCACAAUUAUUAGAAGAUUUUGCUAAGAAAAAACAAGAACGCGAUCAAGAAAUAAUGGAAAUACAAGAAAUGUUAAAUAAAAUUAAAUCACCCGAAAAGAGCAGUGUUCCUUCAACACAAAAUUCUCCUAAGAAGACACCAGAAAUAAGACAAUCAAGUGAAAAAGAAGAUGAGCAAGGGAAAGACUCUGAGCAGCAGGAAGAGGAAAAAAUAUCUUCAUUUCGUCGUAGUAAAACUGAAUUACAACUAAAUACUAAUACUGUUCCCAUACAAGAUACUAAAAGUAACCGUGUGGCACGUAAAGAUACAGCUAGACCUAGUACUGCCGUUGUUGCAAGUAAACCCAGAUCUAAAUCCUUACAAAUGCCCAUAAGUGCCAAGGAAACACCAGUAAAUAAGAUAAUAAGUUAUAAUCCAGAGGAGGCUCGCCGUUACAUGGAAAUGCAAAAAAAGCAACGCAAAGUGGGUUUAAUUAAUGAUCCCGCCAUCAAAUCUAAAAUAGAAAAGGAAGAAAUUAAAAAAAGACUGGAAGAGCUCAAGAAAAACACACGUAAACUAGUGUCCAAAAAUAUACAAAAGAAAGAGAAAAUUAUGACACAAAAUAUCAGUAAAAAACCUUUAGAGAGUAAAGUUCAAACAAAACCUUCUAUACAGGAGGACAUGGUAACAACAAAAGUUAACAAGGAUGUGGAGAAUGAAUUAAAAGGUCUUAAUUUAGAGAAUAAUUUAACCGACAAGAACAGCAAAACAGAGCGUACUAAGGAAACUAAAGUAACGGAAUGUUCCCAAAGAUCUGCACAAAGUUUGAAUAAUGUCUUGAAACCCUCGGCCUUUCCUUUACUAGAGAAUCACAAACGUAUAGGUCUUUUAAGAAAAGCGGAAAAUGAUAAAGAUUUCUCUUUCAACAGCCAUAAGAAUUUUAAUUUCGAUAAAGAAAAUCACAAUAUAGAAAUGCUCACGAAACAGUUGAACAAUCCCAAGGAUAAUAAAACAAAAAAACAAAAUACUACACAAAGUAAAGAAAUACAGGCGGAAGAAAAUAAACAAGUUCCGAAUGAGCCAAUGGGUGAAGCAAAAGAUGAAGAAAUUUCUGAUUUAGAAGUUCCGCGUAAAACUUUAAAAACCAGCAAAAUAGAAGAACCCUUUAAAGUAACCGAAAGUAUACAAAGUGAGGCCGCUAAACCACAUGAACUACCUUACUGGCUGAGGCCAUCUGCAGCACAAGUUUAUCCUUAUAACUUUAUCAUGGCAGUUCGUCGGAAAUUGGAGGCAAUAGCCCAACCUAUAGCCGCAAACAAACCGGAAGAUAAGGGCAAACAGAACCAAGAAACUUCUACAACAGGAUUGAAUAGUAAAAUAAAAGAGAAAAAGAGAAAGUCUUUAGAGUUAAGGGAAGAAAAAGAAAGUAAACGACGUAAAAGAAAGGAACAGCAGGAACUCAAGGAGGCCCAAGGAAGCAUUAUAGAAAAAAGUCUAAAGGAAUUAAAUGUUAUAAAGGAAAGCAAACUUAAACAACUAAAUCCCACGCCACAAGCUAUACAAAUAAAGGAAAGUGAAAAAGAGGAAAGAAAUGCUGAAGUCCCUAAAGAAAGCCUAAAUUCUUCUGAUGAAGAAUUAGGAAAACCUUACACACAAUUCAAAUAUUUGCAAAAGUCUAUACAAUCUAUGGAUUUACAAGAUAUUAAACAUUCUAGUAAAGCAAAAUCUUAUGGAAAAACUUUAGAUAUUCCAGCGUUUAAGCCUUUACAACAAUCCUUAGGUGCAGACCAGGAAGAUUCUAAACAAAUUCCCAACCAUUUAAAUUGCCUACAAAUUAUAUCUAUGGAAAGUUUAAAUUCUGAAAUUAAUUCCAAUUUAUCCUCUAUUUCCCUACAACUUCCCAUAUCAAACACUUUAACCGAGGUCUCCUCCUUAAGAACAGAAUCUAGAAGGACCUGGAACAAACAUUCCCAUAAACAGCAGUUAAUACAAUCCGAAGAUGAGGUCACCUCUAUAUCUUCACAAAUCUUUAGUAGUCCGGAAAAGAAAUCUGUAAUAAAAGAAACAGCAACAGAUUUUGAAUUUGUUAAACCUCGACCAGUAAGUCCUCUUUCCUUGGAUAAGGUAGAUAAACUGAAAAUUAAACGAAAGGACACUUUUAAAGAGACGGAAAGUGAAGACCGAGAAAUGGACUUUAAUCAAUUAUUAGAGGAUUUCAAUCGCAGUCUAUCGCAAGUCAUACAAGUUAAUGAACAAUUGAAAUGCACCCUCGAUAAGUCUCAGCAAAUUUUAAGUCCUCAUUCAUCGAAAAAAUCUAGUGAUACAGAUAAAAUGUAUUCCUCAGAUUUUGAAAAAUCUACCACAAAGCUGCAAUCAUCCAGAGAAAGUGAAAAACUUAAAGAAACUUUACAGAAAAGUAAUGAUAAUUUAAAGCAGAGAAAACGUCAACUCUUCGAAAUGGCGGAAAAAGUUAAGCCGCUUUUAACGCCUCAAAAAGCAGCACAAUCCGAACAACCUUUACCGGAAUUGAAUUUAAAUCUGAACUUAAAAUCUUUAACAAAUUCCGCACAAACAACAGAUGAUGAAGUUAAAGUCACAACAGAGAUAGAAGAUGAAGAAGAGCAAAGUUCCAGCUCAAUGGCAGCACAAUCUUAUGAAAAGCGUUUAACUGAAAGAAAACUUAAGGAAACCUUAAAACAAACUAUAAUGGAGUCGAAAGAAAAGCGCAAGGAAAAGGAACGAUGCCAGAAAUCAAGCCUGGACAGACAAAAACCAAAAGAAUCAGUAACCGAAACUUUGCAGAAUAAACUUGUAAAAGUAGCAAACAGAGAUGACAUUGAUUCUUCCGAAAUUCUUAGUGAAAUUGAGACACAAAGUCAUGAAAAUAAAAAUCCAACAAAACGUUCUUCCAGCUACACGGAAAUGUCCGAAUUUUCUCAUGAAAAAUAUAAAUUAUUUGAAAAAUAUCAAAAACAAUACAGAAGUUCUUUAAAUGAAACGAAUAGUGAAGAAAUGGAAACAUCAGAUUCUGAAAAUGCUUCCCAAUCUCAAACAAAUCAUAACAGGAACUAACAAAAAGAGAGUAACCACUCUCAGCGGGUUAUGAGUGCCAAUGAACUCUUGCAGUCAAGUUCAAAACAAACAACUUUUAAAGAGGAAGAAAAAGCUAAAGAAAAAUCAGAUUAUUCCACUUUCAAUAGCAUAAGCAGUAGGAAUAAUGUUUCCAGCCAUAGACAUACACAAUCCAAAUCUUCUGAAAACAAACACCACCAUAAAAAUAAAACAAAUGAAAGCGCAACCGAAUCAUAUAGUGGCACACAAACUGAAAGAGAAACCUCCAGAUCUAAAUCCCUUACAAAAGCAAACAAACCCGAAGUCACUACCAUAAGCUCCAGCAUAGCUGACUUACAAAAUACUUAUGAAUCAGCUUCACAUGACAACGAAAAUAUACCCAAAACUUCUCGAACUAAAAUUGAUUCCAAACAAUUUAUUAAAUUCCACAUUAAUCGUUCACGAGGAGAUUUCCAAGAAAAUCUCAGCAAAGAAGCUCUAUUUAAUGAAACUCAAUUUCAACAGGCCAUUGAUGCAGCUUCACAAAUUAGUUCCACAGAAUUUGCUCAAAGUGCUGAUGAUGAAAUAACCAGUAGUGUAGCUUCAAGGCAUAUUAAUCAUAACUCAAAUCCUCCUAGUUAUAAUGCAGUGACAACAGUUUCAGCUGCUAAACAGCCUCUUACGCAAGCGUCACCCUCGAAGAGUAAAAGACGUAUUUCGAUUGGCAGUGAAAUUGUUAAAUUCUUCAAUCAAUACGAUUGUGAAAGAGGAGCUCAGCGCCAUUCAAUUGCGAAUGAUAGUAUGUCGGAGUCUUCGUUAAAUUAUUCGAAUGUCGGUUUGUACGACAAAUUAAUACAGAACGAAACCAAUAAAUCACAACAUUUGACAGCACUUUUAAAAAUGCGCGAGAAAGCUUUAUUGGAUCGUACUAAAGGUCAAAUUGCUUGGCUAGAAGUGCAGAAGGCACGCUACAAAGCCAAAGGUUUAGUAAAUCAUAUAGCAGCUAUUAAGAAGAAACAACGUGGUAUACUUUUGAAAAUGGAAAAGGAAAGAGAAGAGAUUAAAAGAUUAUUAUACACUACGACAACAAACAAUAAGACAGAGCCAAUAACUGCUGUAAAUACUUUACCCACUGGUGGCCAUAAAAUAAAUAGUCAACACAAUACUCCUACAAAACAUAAAAAGGAAAGAUUGCCCUCUACAGCGCCAACGCUAACUAAACCGAAAAUCUUAGCACAACAAACCAUAAAAACGGAAAAUGCCACAGCUCUUAGUGCACCUCCCAUACUGAGGGCCACCUAUGAGUUGGAAUCUUCUCAGGCUCUAGAAGAGCUGUUGAAAAAACGUGAAGAAGAUCUACGAAAACGACGAGAACAUGUUGAACGUUUAAUGCAAUGGCAUCAACGUCUAGACGAAGAAGAAGCUGAGGUCUUAAACUUGGAACGUCAGCUCCUAAGUUACAAUAAUGUUCCACAUAUGGUGGAACAACAACCGUCAAAAUUACAAACGACUACAAGUUCAGCGAGUACGGAAAAGUUGACAGCUGCCCACGACAAUACGAAACGAAGUGAGGACGUUAACGCCUCAUCGUUAAAAUCACCCGAAAAGAAACGCGCCUCACGUGCGCGUAAAAUGGAAAAACGUCUUAAGGAAAUCGAUAAAAGUUUAAGAGAACUUUCGCAUAUAUCCGCCUCAAGUACAACAACGUCCGCUGGUGUUAUGGGCCAAACUAAUAACGAGCAGCAGGAAGAUUCGAUCUCUAGUAUAGCCACACAAGAAGUUGAUUUCGUACGCACCACUGGCAUGAAACUUAAUAAAUUGUGGAAACGUUUGACGUCACAACAAAUAGAGAAAUUUGAACCCAGUCGUCGUUAUAAGUUGUGUAAAACGGACUUAGAACGUCUGUAUGAAGAGGCCAAAAUGGCGGUGUUAAGAGAUUUUGCCGAAGAUGAGGAACGUAUAGCCCAGGAACUUUUAGAAAAGAGUGCUUCUAAUUUAAGUUCCAGCAACAGUCUUACGGGUCUAGGGCAAAUACCGAAACCACAGGAUCCUAGCAGAGCGUUAGAAGUGCCGACUUUAAAUUUGAAUUUUAGUUCAGGACACUCGGAACCAGAAGAGGAGUCAGCUAAUAAUUCACAAGUCAAUACCACACAACAGGGCAACUAUAGUCCCAGUGUGGCAGAGGAAAAUUUCAAAGCUCAGGUUCUACUAAAUUCCAGCGCUUCUUCCGAUACCAUUUCCGAACAGCAAACUUCGGCGGAUGGUAAACAUUCAGCCAGCCGUCUGGAAAACAAUGUACAAAUGUUUUUAGCCUUAAGUCAACGUAUACAAACAACAAACAGUGGCAGGCAUGCCGGUACGGGAGGAAAACUGCAGCGCAGUUUAAGCGAUACUGAAAUAUCCGAGGCACCAAAGUUUAGGGCAGAUAAAAGCACAACUAGUCAAAAGAGUAUAGCAACUAUAGCUAGUCAAUCGAAUACAAGUAUAAGCACUAAUAGUUCAGCACGAUCUUGCGGCUCGUCGUCAGAACAACAAGAACAACACCAAAGAUCGAAAUCUUCCAUAGUGGAAAUGACAUACAUUCCUUCAACACAAACAGAAACGCCAGCGCCAACGCCAACAGACUUAAGACAAACACCACCCACCCCUCCCGCAUACCAACAACGAGAACAUAAAAACAAUGAAACUACAAAAGACUUGGAACAUGAUAGGGUAUUAACAAGCAACCUACAGUCAUUCAGUCGAUCAUCCGUUAUAUGUUCUGUAGGUAAUGUAACACCAAAUAAAUUAUCACCACAAACUUCUUCGGAUAUUAACACAAUUACAGAAGAUUCCAAAUCUUCUGCCAGUUUAAAAUCAAACUUAAUUACAAAAGAUGUAACAAGUGCUUCAUAUCCCUCUGCGGCAUCAAACAUAAAAUCCAACUUUUCCGGACAAGUUGGUUCGGAUUCGGCAACAAAGGCUCAAGAAAUCUCUUCGAAAUUGGAAGAAAUAUCGGCUGCCGUUACACAACUUUCACAAAUGAAUGCUUUGCCCUCCUAUGAAUCUGUUACACAUGCGCAUUCGCGUAACAAAUCCCUAGAUGAGGCCAUAGUAAAUACAAAUGAUGAAUCCUCCAACUUGAGUACAGAUGCCUCCUCAUAUUCCUUUAAUUUUGAAAACAUUACCACUGAUAAGCAUUCCUCACCCGGAACAUCUACACUUCACACAAAUUCAUUGCAACAUAAAACUAUAACAUCCAAAACAUUUACGAAAAAUGAAAAGGACGAGAAUAAAGAAUCCUCUGGUGCUUCAACUUCCUUGAAUUCUACAAAAUCGAAAACUUUUGUAAGAGAUGAUGGCAAAAAUACUUCUCAAACUUUAACACAAUCGGCGUUCGAAAAUCGUAUACUAGAUACUUAUGAAGCUGAUUUUGAAUCGGAUUUAAGUAAUGUUACUCAUAUUGAAGACAUAACUAUACCGACAUUUGAAACUACAGCCGAGACGAUACAAGAUGAGGAGGAUGACGAAGAAUUGUCAACAAAAUCAUCAGCGAAAGAGGAGGAUAUUCUUAAAGAUAGUAUAGAAAAUGUAAGCACGGAAGCUUCUGACAAAACGUACAAUGCUGAAGAACUCAAAUCACCUUCAUCGUCGAGCACUGAAAAGCCCUUAGCUUUAGCGACAAAUGCUAAAACACGAAAACCUAGUCCUGAUAGAGAGUUAUUACCUCCACCACCUCCCUUGCCACCACCACCACCGCCUCCUACAACUACUGCAACAUCCUCAGCAGCGGGAACAUCAACCCAAAAUGGCAGUAAUCAUCUUAUGCCGGAUAUAAUUAAUGAAUUGGAAUUAAGACGUCAUCAACUUAUUUUGGAUAAUGAGCAUUUAAAACAAUAUGAACACGUUACCGCUGUGCCCUACAUGUAUGUACGUGAAAUACCCAAUAAACCACCACCGCCAUAUGUACCACCUGCUCAUGGCAGUCCAAUGACAACAAUUUUUCCUUCCGAAGAACGUAUUAAGGAUAUAACCUUUCGUAGAACCCAUGAAUUAUACUGUGAACUAUUAAAGACUGAUUAUUGCAAUGAAAAAGGCGAAAAACUACCCUCUGUCAUGGAGGAACAAAUUACCAAUAUCUAUGAACGUAUUAUACUCGACAUUUGUCGUGAAUAUCUCGAAGAACGUAGUGAAAUUCUGCGUGAAGGUGAUCCCACAAAUUUCCAUAGUCAAUUGGCAUUUUUCAAUCCACCCAAUCGUUUGCGUUGCAUACAAGAUGCCAUUUACAAAGAAGUACGUUCCAGCCUGGCCAUGGAUAAAACACCACCGAAACGUACACAAAUCUAUUCGGUUUAUGGUCAGCGAGCCAAACAAGAUCAUAUAGGUAAAAUAAUCAUACAGGAAAUGUAUGAUGAAGAUGAUCGUUGGUGUAAUUUUCAUCGUGAAGAAUCGGAAGUUUUGCAUUUAAUGGUUGAGGAAAUGUUGAAUAAAAAUAUAGUGGCAAUAGCCAAGGAAGUGCUAUUGGAGGAGGGAGGCACCAUAGAUGUUGAAGAGGAGCAGCAAGUGGAAGAACAAGAAGAAACUAUUAUAGAGGAAAAUGAAGCCAAUCAAAAGGCCGAGGAGGAUAAUGAAAAAGAAGAAAAUCGAACAGAUUUACAGUCAUCAUCAGUAUUGGUGGAAACUUUGAAUGAAGACAAUGAAACGUAUUGUGUAAAUGAAACAAAACAGGAGUUUACAGUAUUGAAUCAAAGCAACACUAUUGAAUCCGAUUCUCAAGAAAGUGUUAAUGUUAAUAACACCAUCAGCAACAACAGCAAUAAUGCCGUUCAAACGUGUACAUAAUUUUUUAACAACUAGUUAUAGUUAAAUCUUUAUUUGUUUUAACUGUCGGUUUCACCAAUAUCUUUAAAAGUGUGUCGAAAAUAAUAAUUUUAUUUAUUCGGCAUACUUUUCUUUUGAUUAGUGAAUUAGGCAGUUAAUUUCUCUCAACAAAUUACUGUCUAUGCCAUUUUUUUAGGUUUCUUUCGUUUUUUAAGAUAUGUAUGUAAUCUUUUAAAUAUGUACUUAACUUUAGUUUUGUUUUAUUGUCCUUAAAUUAAGACGGUUUUUAACAACUUUUAAAUAAGGUAUAACUACAAUAAUAAAUAAUGCACCUAAUCUAAGUUUGUCAAUAAACCUUAAUAUGUAUUAAUGUUUAUUUGUACUUAUAGGUUUUAAAUAUAAAUAAUAGAUAUAAACAUUAUUAAUAUAUAUUAUAUAAUAUUAUUUUAUUAAAUAAAAUUGCUAAUAACAAUUUUAUUAA